UGUGACGUCGGACGCUACGCUCCAAAGGUCAAGGCGUCCUUAAAACGGAUCCUUCCUGAAUGAAUCCUGAAUUUAUUCAAGCCUCGACACAGUUCGUCGCUACUUUACACCGUCAGGAAACUCAAAACUUCGUGUUGGGAUCUAAAAAAAAAAAAAAAAAAAGUGGUCUGGGUGCACUUUGAGGCUUCCGCUACUGGGUUAGCCGAUUUAGCUCAGCUUGCUAGCUGUGAACAAAGAGACGCGUUAGUGAAAAUGUGUGCAAAGAGGGUGAAAGAAGAACAGGACGAGGAUUUACUCGCUGCAACUGAAGAAAAGGAGCCACAAAGUCGACAAGUGGACGUCGCCGUCUUGAAGAAGCCUCAAGUUGUCUUACGCGGGCCAGACCUCAGUGAAGAAGAUGUUCAUCCUGAGCAGCACGAGCCAGGUUCCCUCCAAAUCAAACAGGAAGAGGAACCAGAGCCCCGCCGCAUUAAAGAAGAGGAGGAGGACGCCGCCGAUAACACGGCGCUGCCUUGGUCUUGCGUCAUUGUGAAGCUUGAGAGUGACGAAGAAGAGGUUGAUGAAGACCACCGUGGAGAGUCGCAAGCGGGAAGCCUCUUGGCGCCACAACCGCGUAGCGACGACACAACGUCGGAUGAGGAAGAAUCCUCGAAAGAUGAGAUGAUGUCUCGCGACAGGGACAGCAAACACCUCAAGCGCUCGGACUGUGACAGAACCUUUAGUACAAAGGCCACUUUGAGAGUGCACACUGGAACGGAACAUUUCUCCUGCUCACUUUGUGGGAAAACGUUCACUCAGGAGCGACAUUUCAAAGCUCACACGAGGACGCACACUGGGAAGAAACCUUUUGCCUGCUCACUUUGCGGGAAAACGUUCGCCCAGAAGGGACAUUUCAACACGCACAAAAGGACGCACACGGGAGAGAAGCCUUUUGCCUGCUCAGUUUGUGGUAAAAGGUUCAGUCAGAAAGGAUAUUUGGGAACACACGCAAGGACACACACUGGAGAAAACCCUUUUGCAUGCUCAAUCUGUGGUCUUACCCUUACUCAAAAGUCCAAUCUAAUCAUUCACAUGAGGACGCACACUGGAGAGAAACCCUUUGCUUGCUCAGUUUGCGGGAAAAGUUUCUCAAUCAAGAAAAGUUUAAUAGUCCACACAAGAACCCACACUGGGGAAAAGCCUUUUGCAUGCUCCGUUUGUAGCAGUAGCUUUUCCACAAAGGGCCAUUUAAGAAGACACACAAGAACACACACAGGAGAGAAACCUUUUUCCUGCUUAGUGUGCGGUCUUAGAUUAACUCAAAAGAAUAAUUUAACUAAGCACAUGAGAACACACACCGGGGAGAAACCUUUUUCCUGCUCGGUUUGCGGGAAAACAUUCGCUCAGAAGGCACAAUUAAACACACACACAAGAACACACACCGGGGAGAAACCCUUUUCCUGUUCCGUCUGCACUUAUAGCUUCAGUGAACGUUCCAAACUGGUGAAGCACAUGAGGACACACACUGGUGAGAAAGUAUUCAGCUGCAGUGUGUGCGAUAAAAGAUUCUCUCACAAGUAUCAGCUCGACAAACAUGGUUGUUUUGGUCAACCAGUGAUGGCUUUGAGCAUUGUAUAAUAUCUGUGAAUACUUGGCUGUUUAAAUAAGUUCCUAUUAUUACCACAAUAUAUAUAUUUAUAUGCUACUCAUCUACCAUAAACACUUGUACUCGCAAAUUUAAUUGAUUUAUUGAUUAGUCCUUUAACUCAAUUUACUGACUCACUGAAUGAAAGGGAAACGUCGCUGAUCUGAUACAACCGUGUGUGUGUGUGUC